AUGGGUUGUGGUAUGAGCACGGAGGAGAAGGAGGGCAAGGCCCGGAAUGAGGAGAUCGAGAAUCAAUUGAAGCGGGAUAAGAUGCUUCAACGCAAUGAGAUCAAGAUGCUUUUACUCGGAGCUGGUGAAUCCGGAAAAUCGACCAUCUUGAAACAAAUGAAGCUCAUUCACGAGGGUGGUUAUUCCCGCGAUGAGCGAGAGAACUUCAAAGAGAUCAUUUUCUCCAACACUGUACAGUCAAUGCGGGUCAUUCUCGAGGCUAUGGAGUCACUAGAGCUUCCUUUGGACGAUCACAGAGCGGAAUACCAUGUCCAGACUAUUUUCAUGCAGCCAGCCCAGAUCGAAGGCGACAACCUACCGCCGGAGGUUGGCACAGCUAUCGCAGCCUUGUGGAAAGAUGCCGGUGUGCAAGAUUGCUUCAAGCGAUCAAGAGAGUACCAAUUGAACGAUUCCGCUAGAUACUACUUUGACAACAUCGACCGGAUCGCCGAGCAUGACUACAUGCCAAAUGACCAAGACGUUCUGCGCUCGCGUGUCAAGACUACCGGUAUCACCGAAACUACCUUCAUUAUCGGUGACCUUACAUACCGUAUGUUCGAUGUUGGAGGACAACGUUCGGAACGAAAGAAGUGGAUCCACUGUUUUGAAAAUGUCACCACUAUCCUUUUCCUAGUCGCCAUCUCCGAGUACGACCAACUGCUUUUCGAAGAUGAGACUGUCAACCGUAUGCAAGAAGCGCUUACCCUGUUCGACUCGAUCUGCAAUUCGAGGUGGUUCAUCAAAACAUCCAUAAUCUUGUUCUUGAACAAGAUCGAUAGAUUUAAGGAGAAGCUACCAGUCAGCCCAAUGAAGAACUACUUCCCAGACUAUGAGGGAGGUGAGGACUAUGGUGCAGCAUGCGAUUACAUCCUGAAUCGCUUUGUAAGCUUGAACCAGCACGAGACGAAGCAGAUUUAUACACAUUUCACCUGUGCCACCGAUACCACCCAGAUCCGAUUCGUGAUGGCAGCCGUAAAUGAUAUAAUCAUCCAAGAAAACCUGCGUCUGUGUGGUCUCAUUUAA